AUGAUCUUGAGUACUUUUCAAACAACACGGAGUCAUGCCGUUUGGAAACUGGCUUUUCGAAAAGGAGCCAUUUAUCUCAGAAUCACAGAAUCUCAAAAUCUAAAAUUUUUGAAUUGCAAAAUUCUCCAAAUCUCAGAAUCUCAGAAUCUCAGAAUCUCAGAAUCUCAGAAUCUCAGAAUCUCAGAAUCUCAGAAUCUCAGAAUCUCAGAAUCUCAGAAUCUCAGAAUUUCAGGAUCUCAGUAUCUCAGAAUAUCGAAAUUUCAGAAUCUCAGAACCUCAGAGUCUCAGAAUCUCAGAGUUUCAGAGUCUCAGAAUCUCAGAAUCUCAGAAUCACAGAAUCUCAGAAUCUCAGGAUCUCAGGAUCAAUCUCAGAAUCUCAGAAUCUCAGAAUCUCAGAAUCUCAGAAUCUCAGAAUCUCAGAAUCUCAGAAUCUCAGAAUCUCAGAAUCUCAGAAUCUCAGAAUCUCAGAAUCUCAGAAUCUCAGAAUCUCAGAAUCUCAGAAUCUCAGAAUCUCAGAAUCUUAGAAUCUUAGAAUCUCAGAAUCUCAGAAUCUCAGAAUCUCAGAAUCUCAGAAUUUCAGAAUCUCAGAAUCUCAGAAUCUCAGAAUCUCAGAAUCUCAGAAUCUCAGAAUCUCAGAAUCUCAGAAUCUCAGAAUCUCAGAAUCUCAGAAUCUCAGAAUCUCAGAAUCUCAGAAUUUCAGAAUCUCAGAAUCUCAGAAUCUCAGAAUCUCAGAAUCUCAGAAUCUCAGAAUCUCAGAAUCUCAGAAUCUCAGAAUCUCAGAAUCUCAGAAUCACAGAAUCUCAGAAUCUUAGAAUCUCAGAAUCUUAG